AUGGCUCAGAGAAUGCUUCUUCGUGCAAGUGGCCCACGCCGAGUCUACUAUGGCUUCACCCGCUCUUUUAGUACUGUUCUCGACACGCCUGUAGAUCCGGGCACGCAGCAAAUACGCCUGGCGACACCGCGGACGACGGUGUUUGAGAAUGCACUCAAUGCAAAGGCACCGCGGACAAAUUGGACAAAGGAGGAGAUUUCAGAGAUAUACAACACUUCGCUGAUUGACCUUACCUAUGCUUCGGCCUCGGUCCACCGCCGAUUCCAUGACCCCGCUGCCAUUCAGAUGUGUACCCUCUUCAACAUCAAGACGGGCGGCUGCAGUGAAGACUGUUCCUACUGCGCCCAGUCAUCUCGCUACGACACCGGUCUCAAAGCCACAAAGCUCAGCUCUGUCGAAUCCGUCCUCGAAGCUGCACGCAUAGCUAAAGAAAACGGCAGCUCGAGAUUCUGCAUGGGCGCCGCGUGGAGAGACAUGAGGGGUCGUAAGACGAACCUCAAGAACAUCAAAGAAAUGAUCAAGGGCGUGCGCGGCAUGGGCAUGGAGGCAUGCGUGACCCUUGGCAUGGUCGAUGCUGCUCAAGCAAAGGAACUGAAAGAUGCGGGCUUGACGGCUUACAAUCACAAUGUCGAUACGAGCCGCGAGCACUACCCUAGCGUCAUCACCACACGUACGUACGACGAGCGACUCAACACCAUCAAGAAUGUCCAGGAAGCAGGUAUUCACGUGUGCACCGGCGGUAUUCUUGGUCUGGGGGAAAAAGCCCGUGACCACGUCGGUCUCAUCCACACUGUAGCUACACUACCCGCCCAUCCAGAGUCCUUCCCCGUCAACGCCCUUGUCCCCAUCAAAGGCACCCCACUAGGAGAAACCCAAGCCAUCUCCUUUGAUGCCAUCCUCAGAACCAUUGCUACUGCACGACUCGUGCUUCCCACCACCAUCAUCCGUCUCGCAGCCGGCCGCCACACCAUGCGUGAGGAAAAACAGAUUCUGUGCUUCCAGGCUGGUGCAAACGCCGUGUUCACUGGCGAGAAGAUGCUCACAACGGCGUGUAAUGGGUGGGAAGAAGACAAGGCUAUGUUUCAGAGGUGGGGGCUUAGGCCAAUGAAGAUGGAGGAGACGAUUGGGGAGAAGAGAAAGGUGCCGGGGCAGGAGGAGGCCGAGGCGGUUGUUGCGGCGGCGGAGGCGGAGGCGACGGUGCAGGCACUUGCUUGA